AUCCGACGCCACCGUCUUGCUUAAAUAGUCGGAAAACUCCUUUGUUUUUCAAUCAGAGCAUCGAGCAGCACAAACUCAUAACUAGAGGUUGUAUAUAAAACUCCUGCUUGUGCAACUGUCUUGUGUAUUCAACUCUUCGGAAGUAUAUCUUUCCAGCAAAAAUGGCAGCCUCGACUGUUGCUGUGGCAUCUGCAGGACUCGCCGUUUCGGCCCCUGUUCAGAAUUCGUCGACACUUUCUUCGAGAUCUACCUUCGGAUCCUCCCUCGUCCAGUUUGCCCCAGUCAGGCGAUCACUGGGCAACGCUAACAGAGUCGUGGUGGUGAGGGCUCACUUGUCAGAGGAACAACCAACGAGCGGGAAGAAGGUUCUAGCCAGCUUCCUGGCAGCCAGUGCUGCAUUGACAAUCGCCGGACAGGCUCUGGCUGCUAACCCCAUCGAUGUCGCCAAAAACACGGCCGAUCAAGUGGUCUCGAGCGCACAGAGUGCAACUUCCAACCUUCCGAAGCUCCCCAAGAUUGAGCUUCCCAAUGGUUCAGUUUUCCAAGAUGCAGAGAAAGCAGCUGAAGGUGCAGUGAAAGACGUCCAAGGCCGUAUGGACGGGAUCUUCGGCCAAAACAAGCCUUACACGGGACGCGUGGCCAGCACCAACGGUGGAACUGGCAGCGCCAUCGGAGACGCCAAGAAGAGGAUCGCCAACUUCGGAAAGAAUCCUUUUGCCGAGAACCUGGAGAAGACGACUGAGGAGUUCAACGCCUCCAUCGGAACCGCUACUGGAGAGAACUCUGGCAGUGCUCGUGCUGCAAGGGAGUUCUUGGGCCAGGACUCGACGAGAGUCGAUGCCGCAACCCGGAAGAUCAACGAUCUCGGAGAUGACUUCAAGUCGAAAGCCAAAGAUGCCCUCGGUGAGGCCAAGAGCUUCGUUGGAUCUGCACAAAACGCAGUUCCCGACCUUCCCAGCAUUCCCACUCCAGCACUUCCCAGCGUCCCCAACCCAUUGGAAGGACUCGGCCAAAAUGUGCAGGACUUGAAGGGAAAGACAGAGAGUGUGAAAGACGACCUUGCCUCCAAGGCCGCGUCUGCUGUGAAGGGAAAUAUUGCCUCGCAGGCUUCGAGCGCAGUCAACGGAAAAGCUAAUGAUGCUGUAGAGGGAGUCAAAAGCUUCUUUGGAUCAGCCAAGAAUGAUGUGGCUAGCAAAGUGUCCUCGAGUGUGGAUGACGUGAAAGGAGAUGUAGCAUCCAAAGCGUCAGACAUCACCAACAGCUCUCCCAGCGAUGUCGCAGAUGGCGCGAAGAACCUCGUCGGAUCUGCACAGGAGGCGACCUCCAACUUCCCCAGCCUUCCCAACCCCUUCGAAGGCAUCAGCAAGAGCCUGCAGGGGAAGGCAGAUGAUGUGAAAGACACUGUCGCCUCUAAGGCAGAUGACGUUGUGGGUGAUGUGUCCUCGAAGGCAUCCAGCUUGAGCAACAACAUUCCCGGAGAUGCAGCAGACGGUGCGAAGAAUCUAGUUGGAUCUGCUAAAAGUGCCGCUUCCAACUUUCCUAGUCUUCCUAACCCAUUCGAUGGCAACGCACAGAAGAAUGUCGAGGAUGUAAAGGGGAAGGCCAUUGAUGUAAAGAACGAUGUGGCCUCCAAGGCGGACGAAGUUAAGGGAGAUGUUUCUUCCAAAGCCUCGAACACCAUGAACAAGAAUGCUGGUGAAGUUCUCGAUGAUGCCAAAACAUUCGUUGGAUCAGCAGCUAAGGACUCCGCCUCGAACUUUCCUAAUCUUCCCAACCCAUUCGACGCUUUCAAGUCGAAUGUAAAGAAUUUGCAAGACAAAGCAUCUGAUGUGAUGGAGAAUGGAGCUUCCACGGCCGAAGACGUGAAGGGAAAUGUCGCAGCAACAGCUUCAAAAGUACUGCAGUAAUUCUAGAGAUGAAAACUAGCCACUCGAACUUGUACUAUAAAUUGGAGAGUAGCCAUCAAUUUUACGAGGAAGAACGGCAGAGUGAGAGGAUAGAGCCAGAAGCUGCCUCUCUUCAGUGUAUUGUAGUUAAGCGGCCGUUUUAUCCGUCAAAUGCCAGAAGCAUAUUUUUGGCAGAGCUGUACAAUGAUUGAAACUCAGAAGUGAGUUGUAGAGAACUGAUGUUUUACCAUCUUGUACAUUCAUAAUGAAAAUGAUGAGAAGACUGCAUCAGUCUCCUUAUCUGCCUGCG